UACUGUGCAUUAGCGUUGACGUUUUGCGUGAGGUAGGGUGGAUACAGAGGUGUGGCUAACAGGUGCUAGUUCAGGUAAAGUCAGUACGUGGAUAACUUCAGUUAGGUGAGACAGAAAAGUUCGACAGUCUGUUUCAGUUCACCUUCAUUUCAGAUUUAUUUAUUAAAGUGCCUCACCUCUACUAACCAGCAAAUGCAGGGAAAGCACACGAGUAAGAUGUCUUUACGCUUUGCCUUCACAUUACUACUGACGCUUCAGAGCUUCAAGCUGGGGUCAGCUCAACUCUGGGAUGAAGAAGUAACUCCUUUACCUUCGGAGGGUGAAGGGAUUCCUAGUGAUUGGAAUAGAGCAGACAGUUUAAUCUUACCUAAAAGGGAUGCCCCGUCCCCUUUGACAUAUAGUGGGGAUGGUGAAAUGCAAUCUGUCACUGCAGAACCAGCAAAGUAUGAUGAGAAUGUGACUACAACCUCAUCAACUCAGACUACAGUCAGCAUCACCAUUAAUCCAGUAGAAAACAGUCAAACUCAGCAAAAUAACAUGAGCGUUCUGAUUACACCGGACCCUUCCCUCCAACCUUCAACCACCAAGGAUAGCCAUGUAAACCUCACAGUGACCAACUCCACAACUCCUGGGAAUUCCACCACUGCUACCAUAACUACUUCUAAUACAACUACUACUACUACCACUUCUACUCCUGCUGUUAACAUUACUCAGAACUCGACGACAACAGUCAGCACAACCUUUACAACUACAACACCAGAACAAUCCGCAAACACAACAGAACCUCCUAGUAAUAAUUCAACAAACACCGCUGACUCUACAACGAUAUUCCUGCAGAAUUCCACCACUGUUGAAGUGUUUAAUGAAUCUAGCACUCUGUCUACUACUACAAUGAAUGCAACUGGGAAUCCGUUCAGAGAAAAUGUGGAUAGAGAACUGGCUUCAGGUCCGUCUUCGGAUGUUGAACAGCAAACCAAAUCCCAGGCAUGGGGAGCCGUUCUGGGUAUCGGUGUUGGAGUGGCAAUUGUUGGUCUGGUGGUCUAUAUCAUUGUAAAACGAAGGAACUACAGAGAUUUCUCACACAGAAAACUGGUUGAGGACACGCCACCUGAACCAGUUCUCAGAUUGGACAACAGUGAGCCUCUGGAUUUGAAAUAUGGUGGAUUUGCGUAUUACAAUCGUGGACUUCAAGGAGACAACAUCCAAAUGACUAACUUUCCACAAGGACAACCUCACUAAAAUAUUUUCCAUGCCAAACAGACUGAUAUUAUAUACUCAAACUUAUUUUUCAGUGUAUUUUGCUGAUGUAUGUAAAGGACGCUUGUCAAGAAAAGAGGAUCAAAUUGCCAAAAGAAGAUUAUUUACAGAUAAGCGAAGAGCCAAAGCUUAAAGGUGUUUUUUUCCCUUUUCUUUUAGACAGAGGUCAGGUAGAGCACCAAAAAGAACAAAUUUUCAAAUGUUGAUUUUAUAUUUCAGAUGUUUUGCUUUCUACAGGAAUGAUGCUAAACCUUGUAUCUGCCUACAGUAUGAAAUAAUUUAAUUAAUAAUUAUAAAAAUAGAUAAAAUGAUUACCUGUCCUUGCUUACACCACUACAGGCUGUAUUAUAUGCUAUUUUGAUUAUUAAUAAUAAUCAAUAAAUUAAUAUUAUUAUUUCUAGAGUAAAUGAUUUAAUAGGUAAAUAUACAUUUGUU